GCGGGGGAGGGAGUGUCAAUAGAGCGAAGUCGGCGCCGUGUCUACACCGCCAGCUCCGGGCGACUCGUGAAGACUCCAAGAGGGAGAUGGAAGAGGAUGAGCAAGAGCAGCGGCGCCGAAAGGUGGAGGCUGGGAGAGCGAAGCUUGCUCACUUCCGACAGAGAAAAACAAAAGGUGACUGUGCGCAUUCGAAGAAAAAGACGGCGAAGAGGAAGGGCUCGGCUGUCCAUGCGCCUGUCCAGGAGGAGAGCCCGGUAGCCGCUGAGGACAGUGGACUCUUUGGAGUGAGGGACGUGUACAACACAUGCUGCGAAACCCCUGACGGGGCGACAGGGGCGUUUGCGGCUGAGGACAGAAUAUAUUUGCCUGUGGAUCAGAAUCAGCUUGAAAUUAAGAAUGCCCAGGCCAGAAUAACUGAAUUGGAAGCAAAACUUCUGAGUAGGCAAGAAACUAUUGAUAGACUUGGUCUGGAAGUGAAGGACCUGCAGGAUCAACUGGCACAGCGUUCUGGAUCUGUUCCUUGCCAGCAGGCACACGAUCAAGAGCAUGAACUUGAGACUGCUGAGCACAGUAGCAGACAGAACGAUGAGGGAGGCCGGCAGCAGCGGACUCAGACGGUGCCCAGCUUGGAACUGGAAGCCCUGCGCCUUAGCCUAAGCAACAUGCACACCGCGCAGCUGGAGCUGACGCAGGCCAACCUGCAGAGGGAGAAGGAGACGGCCCUGACGGAGCUGCGGGAGAUGCUCAACAGCCGGCGAGCCCAGGAGCUCGCCCUGCUGCAGAGCAGACAGCAGCAUGAGCUGGAGCUCCUGAGAGAGCAGCACGCACGGGAGAAGGAAGAGAUGGCGCUCAGGAGUGCGUGCGAAGCAGCUGAGCUGAAGGAGCAGUUACAAUCCGAAGUGGAGAAAAAUGUCCAGAUGAUGGAGACCCUGAAGCAAGACUGGGAAUCUGAAAGAGCUUUAUGCCUAGAAAAUCUACGUAAAGAAUUGUCUGCAAAGCAUCAGUCAGAAAUGGAGGAGUUACAAAACCAGUUUCAGAAAGAAUUGGCAGAGCAGAAAGCUGAGUUGGAGAAGAUUUUUGAAGCCAAAGAUCAGGCUGAAUUUACCCUGAGGAACCUGGAGGCGCAGCAUCAGGAAGCAGUCGAGAAGCUGCGUGCAGACCUGCAGUCUGAACACUGCCAGUAUCUAGAAGACUUGGAGCUGAAAUUCAAGGAAAAGGAAAAAGAAAAACAGCUAGAGUUAGAGGCUCUUCAGGCAUCAUAUGAAGACCUGAAGGCUCAGUCACAAGAGGAAAUCAGGCGUCUGUGCUCCGAGCUUGAUUGCAUGAGAGCCGACAGACAGGAGCUGACUGCAGAGUUCCCUGAGCAGCUCUUGGUGCACGCAGCCCAUGUGGAGGAACUGGAACACCUGAAGCAAGGCUUUGCACAGGAGCAGCAGCGGCAGAAAACCGAGUAUGAGUCUGAAAUGGAGCAACUGAGGAUUUAUUUUGAGAAGAAAUUAAGGGAUGCUGAAAAAACUUAUCAAGAAGAUCUUACCUUGUUACAGCAACGGCUGCAGGAAGUGAAGGAAGAUUUUCCUCUGGAAUCUGUGGAAAUCAGUUCAUCCUGUGUGUUUUUCGAAGAGAUGUCUGAAGACGAAAGAAAAGAUCACCUGGAUCAACUUUACCUUCAACCUGGACAUGAUAUGGACAACCUGACACGGUUACACGUGAGGUUGGAAGAAAGCUGCAGGCGCGAAUCAGCGACGUUGAGUUCUCCCCUGCACCUGCAGCGGGAGGAGGACACUGAGGAACUGGAGCAGGAGGAGCAGUGUCACGAGCUUGAGCUGCUCAGAGCAGCGCCUGCCAAGGAGGACAGCCAAGGACACGCUAGGGUCUGUCUCCAGACUAUGCAUGAUGUGGCUCUGCAGGUUGACAUGGAUGUGGCCACCAGAGUCCUGGGUUUGGAAACCGAGAACAAGGUUAAACUUAGUCUUCUUCAAACUGAGCUCAAGGAAGAAAUUGAACUUUUGAAAAUAGAAAACCGGAACUUACACGAGAAGCUGCAGCACGAAGUCCGCCUGAAGGAGGACUUGGAGAAAGUAAAACAUAAUUUAGUUGCAGACCAUGAGGAAGAACUAAAUAAAGCUAAAGAGAAGAUUCAGCUAAUGAAACAGGAUUUCAGAAAAAAAGAAGCAGAGUGGAAAGUUACAAGUGAGGGCCUGGAAAGAGAAGCUGAAGAGAAAUUAACAAUGGUGCUCCUUGAACUGAAGGAAAAGGCCGAAUCUGAGAAACGCUUGAUGAUAAAAACAUUUGAGCUUCGAGAAGCUGAAAUGAGGCGUCUUCAGGAUCAACAGGCAGCCCAAAUCCUGGCCCUGGAGAGGUCAGUGGUGGAGCAGCAGGACCGGCUGCGGCAGCUGGAGUGUGGGCUCCUCCCAGGGGAUGAGGCUGUGCCAUGUAGCCAGUGUGGCCGCGAGCUCCCUGCAGCCCAGGACAGAGAGAGCACCGUGCCUCGUCUGAAGGAGGACUGCGCCCUCCAGCUGAUGCUGGCCCAGAACAGGUUUUUAGAGGAACGUAGAGAGAUGACAGAGAAAUUCACUGCAGAGCAAGCUGCCUUCCUGCGGGAGGCCCAGGAGAAGCAUGCCCACGAGCUCCAGUGCCUCCGAGACAGGCACCAGCAGCAGCUUCUGUCCCUGAGGAUGGAGCUGGAGACCAGGCACCGGGCCGAGCUGGGCGAGUUGACAGCUUCCCUGGAGAGUGAGCAGUGGGCGCGCCUGGAGGCGCGCGUGGCGGAACUGCAGGGCAAACACGCUGCUGACAUCAGUGCUCUGGAGACUAGACAUUUGUCUAACCUGGAUUCGCUGGAGGCCUGCUACCUGUCUGAGGUGCAGGCCAUUCGUGCUGAGCACAGGCGGGCUCUCGAGCUUCUGCAAGCAGACCUUGAGGAGCAGCUGCGGGAAAAGGACUCUUCUCACCAGACGCUGUUGACUCAGGAGCUGGAGAAGCUCAGGCUGAACCACGAUGCGGAGCUUCAGUCGGCCAAGGACAGCCUGAGGGCAGAGAUGAGUGCCGGCCACGCGGAGAGUCUGAGAGCCCUGGCCGCGAGGCUGCAGGGAGCGCACCAGGAGGAGCUGGCUGCGGCCCUGCGUGAUCAGAGGCACCUGCUGGAGGAGGAGCGGGUUGCAGCCCUGGACAGGGUGGGCGCUGAGGUCCUGCUCCUGGAGCGCCAGCACCAAGCUGCCCUGCAGGAGCUGGGAGAUGCACACAUGGCCAAGAUACAGCAGCAGGAGCCGGCAAAACAGGCUGAGUCCCAGGCGACGCAAGCUCCGCUGGAGCAGGUUGUGCAGGGUGAAUUUGGAAGUGAGAAGAAAGCUGCCCUGCAAGAACCAGCGGAGGCAGGCAGCUGUGGGAGUGAGCAGGCCCAGCUUCCCUGCCCAAAGGAGGCAGCCGCGUCUUUGCGGCUGCAGCUUCAGGAGAAAAGCUGCCAAAUGCAGCAGCUGGAAAACCAAGUCUUGUCCUUAAAUCAGGAGGUGGAAGGGUAUCGUUCUGAGCUGGAAAGACUGCAGCAGAGGCACGCGCGAGAGACCCAGGAAGGCACGAACCUCAUCUCCAUGCUCAGAGCUGACAUUGACCUGUCUCACAGUGAAAGGAGAGCUCUCCAGGAUGUCCUCAGGAAACUGCUGGGUUUGUUUGGAGAGACAGUGAAGGCUGCUAUUGCACUGAGGAGCCGGAUCAGUGAGCGUGUGGGGCUGUGCCUGGAUGAUGCGGGCACAGCAGAGGGAGACGGCCUGUCAGCAGCCUCAGCACUGGAGGAGACCUGGCCAGAUGCAGCUCUGCUGGACCUGGACCGGGCCUUGCCUGAGUGUGCAGAGAUGUCCUCUGUGGCUGAGAUCAGCAGCCAUGUGUGCGAAAGCUUCUUUCUGAGCCCAGAGAGUACGCUGGAAUGCGAGCAGCCGGUGAGAAGAGUCUACCAGAGUCUGAGCAUGGCUGUGGAUGGCCUUCUGGAAAUGACCCUGGAUUCCACCCGGCAGCUGGAGGAAGCACGUCAAAUUCAUUCUCGUUUUGAAAAAGAAUUUAGUCAUAAAAAUGAGGAGAUGGCCCAGGUCAUUAAGAAGCACAAGGAGUUACUGGACUGCCUGAAGGAGGAGGGUGCCGCGAAGACUGCACUGACGCUGGAACUGCACAAGGCUGAGGGGCUACUGGAAGGGUGCAAGGUGGAGAAAGCUGAUCUGCAGGAGGCACUGGGCCUCAAGGAGGAGUCCGAGCAGCGCCUUGCCCUGGAACUGGAUGGCUUGAGGCGGCAGCUGCAGCAGGAGGCCCAGGCACAUAUGGUGCUGAAGGAGGAGUACUCUGUCCUGCAGGGCCUCAAGGAAGCAGCGGCCGCGACAGCAGAAGAAAGAGAAGCUGGGGCUCCUGUCACUGUAGCACACAUGGACUCAGCUCUGCGGAAGGAAGUUGAAUACCUAACCAGGGAGCAGUUGGAGACCAGGAAGCAGGCUGAGAAGGACCGUGAGGCCCUGCUUGCCCAGAUGGGGACACUGGAGUUGGAGUUAGAGGAGCAGCUCGCUCAGCACCGAGGCUGCGCUAGGCAGGCCGAGGAGGUCGCCGCCCUGAAGCAGGAGAUGGCCGCUCUGGACAAGCAUCUGCGGAGCCAGCGGCAGUUCAUGGAUGAACAGGCCGCAGAGCGGGAGCAUGAGCGUGAGGAGUUCCAGCAGGAGAUUGACAGACUGGAGUUGCAGCUGCGCCAGGCAGCCAAGCCACAGCCCCCGGGCCCCCGGGACAGCUGGCGUGCCCAACUGGAUGAAGAGAUUGAAUCAUUACUAGAAAAGUUGAGAGAAAAAUCAGAUGGAUUUAAUGAAUUGGCUAUAAAGAAAGAGUCAGCAGACAGACAAGUGUUGAUCCAGGGAGAAGAAAUCAAGCGUUUGGAAGAGGCAAAUGCCAGCUCCAGGAGAAAAGUGCUGCAGCUCCAGGAAGAGUUGGAAAGACAGAAGAAGACUGUGAAAGAGUUAGAACAGGAUAAAGAGGCACUAAAGGAGCAGCAGACGAGUACCUGCCUGUUUGUGUGCGCAUUGCACUCUGAGCCAGAUGCAGGGAGCAGGCCUGUGCCGCCGCUCUGUUGCCCUUCUGAGCAGGCUGGACUGCAGUUAGAGGCGGCACAGAGGGCACUGCUGCAGCGGGAAAGCGAGGUUUUGGAAUUAAAAGAACAGCUAGAAAAGAUUAAAGAUGACUUAAUGAGUAAAAAUGAAGAAAUACUACAUCUGAACUUAAAAUUAGAUGUGCAGAACAACCGUACUGCUGCCAGCCUCAGAGAGCGUCAAGAAGAGAAUGACAGCCUACAGGUGAUUCUGCACGAGGAAGAAAGGGAUGGCACCCGAGGUGCGAGUGAGCCGCCCCCAGUGCAGCAGUGUGGGGUGGAAAGUGAAGCUCCCAGCAAGGUUGUGUAUGAUAGAAGCUCUGAAAUUGAAGAGUUGAAAGCCAUUAUUGAAAAUUUGCAAGAGAACCAAGAGCGAUUACAGAAGGAUAAAGCAGAAGAAAUUGAACAACUCCAUGAAGUCAUUGAGAAGCUGCAGAGUGAGCUGUCCCUCAUGGGGCCUGUGGUGCAUGAAGUCAGUGAUAGUCAGGCUGACAGUCUGCAGCAUGAACUCCUCUGUUGUCAAGUAGAGGGCCCAGCUGUGUUACAGGGAGAGCUUGAAGCUGCGCAUGCAGCCAAGCAGGCCCUGAGCCAGCUCCUGGCUGACCAGGAACGUGGCCACAGCCAGGCGCUGGAGGCUGUGCAGCAGCGCCUGCGGGGUGCCGAAGAGGCUGCUGCUCGGCAGCUGGUCGAACUUGGGCGUAGUGUGGCACUCAGAGAAGCUGAGGUGCAGAGCAUGGCCUCCAGGAUCCAGGAGUUUGAGGCUGUUCUAAAAGCAAAGGAAGCUACGAUUGCAGAGAGAAAUUUAGAAAUUGCUGCCAUGAACAAGUGGAAAGCGUUCCACUGCACUGAGCUACAGGCCAUCCUGCUAGCCGUGGCCCGUUUCCGCCAUGCCCUGGAACAGCAGCCCCUGGCUGCCUUGGAUGAGCCUCUCGAGCUGCAGCGCCUGCGGGCACAGUGUGUCCGCCUCAGUCGCCAGCUGCAGGCACUGAACCAGAGGUUCCUUAGGUGCCAGCGGGAGCUGGACAAGCAGCAAGCCCAUGGUGCUGCAGCCUGGACACAGGUGCCUGGGGGCCACCCCAACCCUUGUGUGGAUACAGAGACUGCAUAUGAUGACGACUUCGAGCAGCUGACCUCAGUCUCCCGUGGCCCAGAUCAUGACCCACAGCAUGGCAAAGUCCUGGUGACAUUGAAGGAUGCGGGGCUGCAGAGACAAGACAGUGUGAUGUCAGUGCUCGAAGUCUGCCAGAGGCAGCUGGAGUCAGAACUGCUCCUGGUGAAAAACGAAAUGUGCCUGUGUGUGGAUGACAGCAGCAAAGUGUUGGGAAGACGGAAGGGUAAGGAAAGACGACUGGAUGGUUGCCAGCUGUGGAAAGUGGAUCUUGUAGCCCAGGUCAAACAACUUCAAGAAAAAUUGAACCGUCUGGUAUAUUCCCUGGCCUUCCAGAACAUUGACAAUGAAGCCUUCAAACUUCAGCAGGCGUCAGCAGUGGCGUGUGCGUGUGUGCAGGAGGGGAGCUUGGAUGAUGGCUCCCAUAGCCCUGUAGGAACUGCUCCUGGUGAUGCGUUUGAUUUUGACAAAACCACAUGGGAUCUUGUUGAUGGGAUUAAAAAUCGAGAUUCUUGGAUAGGAAAGGAGAUGCCAAAUGUUCCCAUUCAAGAAAAAUUAGGAACACAGGAUGGGUCUCUUUCGUUACAAACCAGGGUGCACAGUGACUCCUGUGCCCUGAGUCAUGCUGAGGAGGCCAAGCCCCUGACGGAAACUGCCAGAAUGUUGGACCUGUCUUCCUGGAGCUCCCCCGAGGUCCUCAGGAAGGACUCGACCCUCGAGCCCCAGCCCAGCCUCCCCCUGACACCCUGCUCUGGUGCCCUGAGCCUGUGCAGUGCUGGUGUCUCCCCACCAGAGAGGAUGGGUGCGUCGCUGCUACAGUCCCACACGCCAGGGCUGCUGAGUUCACCAGGCGAUCUGGCAGGACAGCCCCUGUGCUGGGCAGAGUCUCCGUCAGCUGACCACAACCCUGUGGAGAGGAUGGCUGCGGAGAAAGAUAUCGAAGAUUUCAUCAUAACAUCUUUUGAUUCUCAAAAUCCAUUAAGAUCACCUCCUCUUGGGUUAGAAGGAAAAAGCAAUGGAAGUGAAACAGGUGACAGCUCAGGCUGUGGAGCGAUGCUGAGCGCGGUGCCAGGGGAGUCGGAGGCUCCCACUACUGGUCCUGAGGAUCCUGCCCCCUUCCCUGAAGGACUUCAGCAGCCUCUUGCAACUAUGAAGAAAGAAGUGCAUCCCAAGCAGGUGAAGGCUUUGCUGCAGAUGGUGUGUGACGAGAGCCACCAGAUCCUGGCCUUGUCGGAGAGCCGCGACCCCCCCAGUGCUCUAAGCAGGGGCGAGCCACACAGCCCCCUGCACCACUUGUCAAGUGAGGGGCGGGGCCUGCUGGAAGUGGCCCCUGACACAGGGGAGAAGGAAUCUCCUGACCCAUGCUUCGACUGGCGAGGAACGUUCCUGCAGGCCGUCCGGGAGGCACUGGCAGUCGAGCUGCAGCCCAGACUUUGUGGUACAGACCCAGGGGAUCCUAGCUCUCUGCUUCAGAGGCUGGAGAAGGUCAUCCGAGAGCAGGGAGAUUUACAGGAAAAGUCCUUGGAGCACCUGCGCCUUGCUGACAGGAGCAGCCUGCUGUCCGAGAUCCAGGCCCUGCGUGCACAGCUGCGCAUGACACACCUGCAGAACCAGGAGAAGCUGCAGCAGCUGUGCGCAGCCCUGACGAGCGCGGAGGCCCGUGGGAGCCGGCAGGAGCACCAGCUACGCAGGCAGGUUGAAUUGUUGGCGUAUAAAGUGGAACAGGAGAAAUGUAUAGCCAGUGAUUUACAGAAAACCCUCAGUGAAGAGCAGGAGAAAACGAAUGACGUGCGGAAGCUCCUGGUGACAGAACAGAAUGCGGUGAAAGAUUUGAAGUCUGAGCUGUGUGAGUGUAAACAGGAGAACGAGAGGCUGCUGCAAUCCCUUGACGAUGUGCAGAAGGAAGUCAUCCAGCUCAGGUCUGUGCUGGACAGCAAGGAGAAUGACCUGCAGGCUGUGCUUCAGCAGCUGGAGCGUGAGCGCACGAGGGAGCGGGCCCUGCAGAGCCAGCUGGAGGAGGAGCAGCUGCAGCACCUGCAGAGGGAGGCCCAGAGCUCCAAGUCCUUGGAGGAGCUAAGACUGUCUUUGGAGAAGCAGAGUGCGCAGCACAGUCGACUGUGCGUUGCAUUAAAGCACGAGCAGACGGCAAAGGACAACCUUCAGAAGGAGCUGCAGAUUGAGUACUCGCGCUGUGAGGCGCUGCUGGCGCAGGAGCGGGGCCAACUCGCCGAGCUCCAGAAGAGCCUGGACGCGGAGAGGAACCGCACUCUGGAGCUGUCGGAGGCCUUGCAGCACGAGCGGCUCCUGACGGAGCAGCUGAGCCGGAGGCCGCAGGAGACACAGGCGCAUCACGCCCUGCUGCGGAAGCUGAAGGAGGAGAAGUGCCGCGUGAGCGAGCUGCAGGCGCUGCUGGACAGGGUGCAGCAGCAGGCCGCGCACACGCAGCGCCAGCUGGAGGCCGAGGUCCAGAAGCGCUGUGAGGAGCUCGGCAAAGAGAAGGAGCGAGAAUUAGAACUGCAGCGCCAGCGUGAUGAGCAUAAAAUCAAGCAGCUUCAGCAGACGGUGAGAGCCCUGGAGUCCAAAGAGACACUGCCGUGUGCUGCUGGUUCUCGCCUGAGCUCUCCCCGCAGGGCCGGUGGCUCAGAGCUGGACUGCCUCCAGGAGCGGCACCAGGAGCUGGAGAAGAUAAGACAGCAACUGCUUGGGGCUGCUGUACUGCUGACCGGCUUCAUUAACCAGACUGUGGACAGGACUAUUAAGGAUUGGACAUCCUCCAAUGAGAAGGCAGUGACGUCUUUGCUUCACACGUUGGAGGACCUGAAGUCUGAACUGAGCACAUCCCCUUCCUCUCAGAAAACAGCAGCAGAGCUACAGAUGCAGCUUGUAGAUGUCCUACUGAAAGACAACGAUUCUCUGACAAAAGCCCUCAACACAGUGACUCGGGAGAAGGCUGAGCUCUGCAAGGCUGUGUCGAGGCUGGAGAAAACCCUCAAGCACCACCUGCACAGGGGCUGCACCCUCAGUAAGUCAGACCGGUCUGCAUGGAAGCCAGAGGGGACAGCUCUGCAGAUCUCACCAGCACGGCCUACGCCAGCUGCAAGCCAGGAAGCAAACACCUGCAACGUCAAAAUGGAAAAAUUAUACCUGCAUUAUUUGAGAGCAGAGAGCUUUAGAAAAGCCCUGAUCUAUCAGAAGAAGUAUCUGUUGCUGUUGAUUGGUGGAUUCCAGGAUUCUGAACAAGAAACCCUCUCCAUGAUUGCACACCUGGGGGUGUUUCCCUCCAAGGCAGAUAAGAAAGCAAGUGCAUCUCGCCCCUUCACGAAGUUCCGCACUGCUGUCAGGGUAGUCAUCGCCAUAUCACGAUUACGUUUUUUGGUUAAGAAAUGGCAAGAAGUAGAUCGGAAAGGAACCCUGACCCAAGGCAAAGCUCCCCGCCCAGGACGCCGAAUGUCACGGCAGCAGCAGCGGCACUUUCCACCUGAAACCAGAGAGUCCUCUCCACCCCAGAACACGUCUUCAGGCCCCACUGGAGACACUGCUCGAGGCCCUGGACCUGCGGCAGCCCCUCCAGGCAGGAGGGAGAGAUCUACUCCAUCUCCAAAUUCAAGAUUAGAAAGAUCCCUGACUGCUUCUCAAGACCCAGAACAUUCCUUGACAGAAUAUAUUCACCAUUUAGAAAUGAUCCAGCGAAGGCUGGAGGGAGUCCAACCAGAUUCUACUUCAAAGAAAUCCUGCCGCCAGAAGAUUAAACAAUGAAUAAACUCCUGUGGCUCUUACCUGUGACAGUUCUAUUUGAGGCAAAGAUUAUUUUCUUUCCUAAGAAGAGCUUAGGAUGUGGCAUAGGGCACUCGUCACAUAUUUGUGGUGCUAGCCCCUGAGAGCCACUAUGUGGCCCCACACUGUUGCACUGCUGAAAUGCCCAGUGGAGCAUUUUCUGUCAUCUCGUACCUCUGGUUCUGUGCAUCAGGAGGUAACCAGUGCUCCUGUGGUGAUAGGCGUGCAGUGUUCUGUGCAUGCUGGUGGAGCUACCCCUCUUGCCUUCAAAAAGGGUAAGCGGAAAAAGGCUUCCUGUUGUUUAUUAAAGUGUAUAGAUGGGAAGUUUGUUUAAAAAUGAAAACACACACACACAAAAGAAGGAAUAAAAUUGAAGCACUGUUUUAUUUGUGAAUAGCC